AAUGCAUGUAGUUUUAUUCAAAGGAAAUAAAAUGGGUGAGAAAAUAACGUAUGAGACCAUUUUUGCUAGAAGCUUUAGCCGCUAUGACCAAAAGAAGUUAGGAUAUGGAGCAUUUCUUGGUUGUUUGCUCAUUGCAUUGAGCUUCUGCAUUGUCUUCAAGCCUUACUUGGGUCCUCUUCCAGUUCUAAAUAUGAGGAUGUCAAUGGAUGUUGGUCUCAACAUGUUACGGAUUAUGGAUUCAUUCAGCUCUGAGAAGCUAAGGGGUGGUGAUAUAAGCAGUUCCAUGACAACAAUUGUGACCGAAACAAGCAGUUCUGAGAUUGAAAUGGUGGAGGAAAGUGAUACAACCGGUACUAACGAAACAAUAAGCAAUGGCACCAAGGUGAUCAAUAAUAAAAACAGCAGUCAGCAAAAGGAGAUGAAGACAGUUUGCCAUGUAGAAGAAAGCACAGAAUUUUGUGAGAUGAAUGGAGAUAUAAGAGUUGAUGGAAAAUCUUCUACAGUUUUCGUGGCUGUUGAUACCAUGGUAGCAAAUAGCUCGUGGGUUAUCGGCCCUUAUGCUCGAAGAGGAGACGAAGAGGCAUUUAAACGUGUAACCAAAUGGUCUAUAAAAUCAGGUGUCGAUGCCUAUGAAGAAGCACCUCAAUGCGAUCAAAGGCAUAACGUUCCAGCCAUCAUUUUCUCCACCGGAGGAUAUGCAGGAAACAAUUUCCAUGACUACACCGACAUCGUGCUUCCUCUAUAUUUAACUUCUCGACAGUUUGAUGGAGAAGUGAAGUUUCUCAUUACUGAUAAAAAUCCAUGGUGGAUUGAAAAGUUCCGAAAUAUACUACAGAAGCUUUCUAGAUAUGAGUUGGUCGACAUUAAUAAAGAAGUAAACAUUCAUUGUUUCACAAGUGUGAUAGUUGGCCUAAAGCGUUAUCCUAAAGAGCUGAAGAUUGAUCCAUCAAAAUCACCUUAUUCCAUGAAAGAGUUCAGGCAGUUUUUGAGAAGUGCUUAUUCCUUGAAAAAAGAAAACGCCAUCAACAUGAAGGAUAAUGGUGGGAAGAAAAGGCCUAGGCUUCUCAUUGUUUCAAGAAAGAGUACUCGAGCAUUUACAAAUACGAACGCCAUUUCUGGGAUGGCAACAAGGUUAGGCUACGAAGUAGUGGUAACGGAGGUGGAUUCGCAUGUAGCACGAGUUGCAGAAAUGGUGAAUUCGUGUGACGUAAUGAUGGGAGUCCAUGGAGCUGGGUUGACCAACAUGGUUUUUCUCCCUGAGAAUGCAAUUUUGAUACAAGUUAUUCCUAUCGGAGGGUUCGAAUGGUUGGCCAAAACCGAUUUCGGAGAGCCAUCCAAGGACAUGAACCUAAGAUAUAUUGGAUAUAAAAUUAAAACGGAAGAGAGUAGCUUGAUACAACAAUAUCCACCGGAUCAUGAGGUAUUGAACGAUCCGUAUGCCGUACAGAAACGGGGUUGGUAUGAAUUCAAGUCCAUAUAUUUGCAGAAACAGAAUGUGAACCUUGAUGUGGAUAGGAUUAGAGCCACUUUGUUAAGAGCACUUGAGCUCUUACAUCAGUAAAUUUUGUUCUUCUUGUUGACUACCUUUUCUUUUCUCAAGUAUGUAUAUUCCAAUUUGUUAUUAAAGAAAUUUCUUGGUAAGCCAAUAAA